AUGGAGGCUGGUUCCGGAAGCUGCGCCCCUCGACGCGUGACGUCACUGUCGGGCUCCUUCGUCCCCGAGAGCAUUCUGAUCGUGUACUUCACAGCUACCUUCCCCUGCGUGGUCCUCGUCGUGCUGUUGGUGCGGGGAGUGCUGCUGCCCGGCGCCCUGCAUGGCAUCAUCUGCUCUCUCAAGCCUGACUUGUGGAAGCACUCACUGGGUCGUGAGUGCCGGCACCACGUGGGGCGUAGAGAUCACGCACGCAAGGAUGUCAAAGAAUUGAAAACACUAAAGGUCAGGGGACUGGACCUGAGGCGGAGCCUGACGACCAUGGAGGCGGCAGACAAAGCCGCAGGCGGCGAGGCGGGCGGCGCCGACAACGCCCGGGACGGCCAGGGGGGCCAGGAGGGCCAGGAGGGCGCGGCCGCGGAGGCCGCGGUCGCCGGCGAGGCUCCGCGUGUCCCGCGACCACCUCACGCCCCCGGGCCAGGCGGAGAUGCCCUCUCCACGGCCGGAAGGCCGGAAACCCGAGUACACAUAUUCGCCCUCGGCGUGCCUUUCCCGUCCCAGUUGGAGGCGGAGAUCGCCUGUGCGUCUUUCGCCCCAUAUCGGGAACCGUAUGGAUGCCUUGUGGAGCAGCAGCUCACUGUGUUCGGCAGCGUCCUGGCCAUCCGCUGGAGAGCUGAAAACCCUUUCCUCCUCCGAAUUUCCAUCAUCAACUUUCUUGACCAGCUUUGCGUGGUGAUUCGGACCAUGCAGCGCUUCCGGUUCCCGGUUCCCGCUAAGCCCGCGCUGGCGAAAGGGGGCUAAGGUCUAGCCUCGUGUCCCCCGUCUGGGCGGUCCGUCCUUCCUAGGGCAGUGAUUCCUGCGCUAGCCGCCACCUGAGGUUGGGCGCCUGCCUGGUCUUCUGAGGGCAACGAGGGCCCGAGCCCUUGGGCACUCAUGGUCCCCUUGUUUUGUUUGCCAUUUAAAUGUUUGCU